CCCCGCCCCCUGCUCAAAAGACAAGACCCCUCAGAAAUGGAACCCAGGCGUCCUAGCUGGGGAGAUCAGGAGGCGAUUUCUACGGGCUGCUUGCUUUAUUACCCUGUAACGCCCCCCCCCCGCGCCCUAUAGGGUGGGAUGGGGGGGAUCGAGUGUUUGGGGGGCAAGUUCCAGCGAGGUGCCCCCCCCUGCCGCGCGAUGCGCUGUGGGGCGAGGGGGGGGCGUCUCCAUCCUUCCUGCCCGAGCCUCGGAUCCCCUUUGCCAUAAAUGGUCACCGCAGCGGCAGCGGCGGCAGCAGCGGCGGCGCGGCAGUCGAGCGGGGCUGCGCUCCGGGAAGGCGCGUCACUGGGGCGGGGGCCGCCCAGCAGCCAGCCACCGGCCCCGGAGUCCGGGACCCAGCCCGCGCCCGCCCGGGAUGGACGAUCUGGGUAAGGAGAGCCGAGAGGGAGCUCCGUCCGCGCCCCCCCCCGACUGCCCCAUCUCCCUCCUCCCUCCGCGCGCUCUUUCGCGCACUCCUUUUCUUUCCUCCUUCUUUCUUUCUCCUUUUCUUCCGCGCUCCCUCUUGUCUUUCUCUGUGACAGUUUUUCCUUCUUGCAUGCAGUCUGGCAGCAGUUCUUGACCCAAACCGAUCUCCUUGCUUCCCAUGUUGUCUGCCUGCCUGUCGAAUUGCCCCCCUCCUCUUUUUCUUCCUUCCUUUCUUCUUUUCGCUUACUACUCUCGUUGAGGCUUUGGGUGGUUUUUGUGCGCGCGAUCCCCUCCUUCAUUCAUCUUGCCAUAUUUCCUUUCGACGCUCCUUCUGUCUGACUUUUUUGCUGUCCCCUUUUGUCCAACUCUCCCUCCUCCUGUCACUUCUUUUAAUGCUCCUGCUACUGUGGGAAACACCCUUUGUGCCAGAUGAUGUACACCCCCCCACCCCACCCCACCCCCCGGCAAGGGAUUCUUGUACAGUCUUUGUGCUGUGCUGUUUUUGCAAUAACUUUCUUUCACUCUUUACAAAAAGAAAGAAAUGAAAUCCCCUGUUGGCUGUUCCUCGCAUUCUGCGGGCCCUUUCACACAUUACGUGAGAACAAACCCUGGUUUAACCUCUGAAAUGACGGAUUGCCCAUUCUGGGCUCUCCUGAUGGAAGAGUGUGUGUACUUGUGUCUGAUACACGUGUCUGCAAGCACACAAAUUCCUAUUGCCGCCUGACGCCUGUGGCCUUCAUUUAACAUUUUCAAGUGUGCAAAAGUAAUGUGUGAACUGGCACUUUAUUCCUUGUGCCUGCUUUCACCCCCCCCCCCCAUUUCUUUCUCUGACACCUCCUUGUCUUCCUCCUCCCUGGCUCCUUUCAUCCCUUGCCACUCCUAUUAUCUCCCUCUUUUCCCUGAAUGCCCCUCCCUGUCUCUCUCCCCAUAUCCUUGUAGCUGGCAGGGCGGGUGUCGAGGGUGGGGUGGGGGAAGAGGCUGCGUUUCCUCAGCCCUUCCCAUCCGGAGAAGGAAUGUAUUUCUCAGCGUAUUCCUGUGGCUUUGCGGAAUAGCUGAACAGCGGCUCGACGCCAGGGGAGAACAAGGGUGCUUUGCAGUCCUCUCUUAACUUCUCCAGCACCCCGCUGACAUUGCCUGCAGCUGCCUCAGCUAGGCAGGAAAAUGGGGGGCCCCUCCUCUGCGCCCCAGCAUUCCUGGGAGAAAAGAGUUGCAGCAGAGAACCCAGAAAUCUGAGGUCCUCAUCCACUUCCUUUAUUUCAAACUAGAUCAGAGACUAAGGCCACAUCUGCAUCACACAUUUAAAGCAGGAUUUUGACACUUAAAACAGUCAUUGUUCCCUCCCAUGAGGAAUCCUGGAAAGUAUAGUUUGUUUAGGGUGCUGGAGGUUGUUAGGAGAGCCCUUAUUCCCUGCACAGAGUGGCAACUGUCAGAGGGGUGCAGCAAUCAAUCCUUUCCCCCCAGGGAACUCUGGGAAUUGUAAUGUGGGGGGAAUAGAGGGGUUUCCUAGCUACUCUCUGCAGCCUUAACAAACUACAGUUCCCAGGAGACUCUGGAGAACGCCAUGGCUGUUUAAAGUGGAACCAUAAUGCUUUAAAUGUGUGGAGACAGGUGUGGAUGUAUCGGACAGGGGUUUCCAGACUGUCCACAACCACUUGAAAAUAGUGGCAGACUGCUUAAUGAUAUUUCUGUCUGUUGCUGCAAAUUUAAUGUGCUGUGCUAAUUGCUGCAUGGUUUCUAAUUGCAUUUUGAAUUGCUUUUAUUUCCCAUUUUGUAUUUUAUUGUUCUACAACUUUAAUCCCACAGAAUACAAUUCCACAGAAUACAAUCCCACAGAAUCCCACAGAAUACAACCCCACAGAAUACCAAAUACAAUAGUACCAUACAAUAUAAAAAGAAGCAAUAAGAAAAAUUAAAAUCCAAUAUCAAUAUUCAGUGCACUGCACCCGCUGUUCCUGGCUGCUGCUCCUGCUGCUCUUGACAGACACGCAGUGGACCAUCUGAGCAACAUUAAUGGAUGACUGGUGGCCUGUGGACCACAGUUUGGGAACCUCUGGCCUAGGGCCCAAGAGCCAGGGCCCGCCCAAGAUGCUUUGCUCCCUGGCACUGCCCCACGGCGUUCCACAUAAAGUAGCUGACCAGACUGGUAGCUAAAUCUUCCACUGGUAUGUGGGGCAGCUCCCUCCACUUUUCCUGAGGCCUGCAGGGUAGCAUAGGGAGCAGGCGGCUGGCCUUCCGUGCAAGACUCACACCUCUGCCUAACACUUUGCAGUUGCUUCCUGUUUACCAGAAACGUCCGCCUGAAGUUGCUGCCUCAUUCUGCCUAAUGGCAGGACUGGCUCUUCUCAGAAGUGCCCGCUGUGGGUUCCCCCUCUUGCCUCCAGUUUCCUCACAAUGCUGGGAACAGAAACUCCCCACAGAUAUGUGGUGAACAGGCAAAGGAACACCUCUUCCUCUUAGCGCAUUAAAACACACACCUCAUGGAACCCAGGAGCUCUGGCUGCCACCAAGCCACCAUCUUCUUUUAUAAUCCCUCUCCCAGUUGGUUUAUUUUCAAGGGGCAAAUUUGUGGAGCAAUUCAUCCUCCAAUUGCCGCUCAGCCGCCAACGGAUAGGAAAGCCAGGGUGAGAGAGCUCAUCCCAGGGCAGUUUCGCUCUCUUGUGUGGGCUGAAGAAGAUCAUAUAACACGGAUUGGCCACACUUAAACUGUUGACUUUGGACUUAUGUGCAAGGGAGUGUUGUACAAAGACUGCUCAAAGAAGCCAUGGAGCCCUGUGUUUUUCAGGGAGCACUUGUGAGGAGAGUUAUUUCCUAAUCUCUAUACCUCCCAUUUCAAGGAGGUCAUGUCCGGUUUUGGGUGCCGGUUUCCUGUUGCAGAGGCAGAUCUGAUUCAGGUGGGAAGUGGCCCACCAGGAAGUUCUCCUAAGGCAGCCCUGGAAGCUCUCCAGGCGGCCUUGGGCCUAUGAUAGUCUUUCAGGCCUGGCCUACCUCGCAGGAUUGUCCUGCCAUUUAAAUGCUUGAAGCUUCUUGGAGGAAGGGUGGCUAAAACAUGCAGGGAACAAAGAAACCGAAAUAAUCAGCAGCUGUGUGCAUUAGUGGACAGACUCCUUGUUUGUGUGUGUUUAGAUUUGUCAGCUUCAAGCACUGAAACGGCUUUCUUGUGGAUUAAUCAGUAGUGAGCGUUGAGAGGUGGCGGUCCUCUUUGAUUCCAUCUGCUGGCUCCGGGGUGAAGCAUCCGUGCUCCGAGGGAGGUUAUGGCUGUGUGUUGGCUCUUCCCCCUCUCCUCCCCGCCCUGCUCCCAGUCCCCAUGUCUCUUAUCCUCCCCUCUUGUAUGUUACAUUCCUGUGUCUCUCCCUCUGUGGUUUGCUUCUCAGCUUUAGACACAUUUCUGCGCUGUGACAUCAGCCAGAGAGGGGCGGGAGGCAAAGUUGAGAGAGUGAGAGGAAGAAAGGAAGGAAGGAAAGACGGGAGAGAGAGAGAGAGAGAGAGAGAGAUUUCCCCCCUUCCCCUUAUUCUAUGCUCGCACACUCCAGCAAACAGCUGGAAUAACAGUUAAAGAUCCACUCUUUCUAAUUAUGCUCUCCAAAUCCCUCUCCUUCUGACACCCCCUCCUCUUUUUGGCCUGAGAUGACCUCUGGAAGAAGAUGCACACUCAGGCUUGAGCAAGCUUACUGGGUGAAUUUACUGGGGAUUUGGUGAAGGGAGCAAGAGGGCUGUGUGUCAGGGGCAAGGGGUGGGAGGGGAUGGGUGGUGAUAAUAAUAAUAAUAAUAAUAAUAAUAAUAAUAAUAAUGCGACUGUCUCUGCAUGGGGAAGGAACUGAUUGCAGCCUCAGAUCCACUAGACUAGACGAUCCAUAGCAGAAUUGCUGGACCCUCUUGGGACAUUUUUUGGCUUCAAAAUGAUCUGUGUGUUCUGCUCCAAAUGUGCAUUAAAAUAGAUGGUUAGGGAUACAGAAAAAGGAUGUUGAAAGAUGGAGAUCCAGGGCAGAUCUGGGAAAAGACCCACUGGAGGGGGAAUCAAUUAUUAUGGAGGUUUAUUUGACACCACAAAGGCCUGAGUUUUAAGAGGACUUCUGAAUGGCUGUUCCAGAAGUGCUGGCUGUCCCUCCAAUGGGAGAGUAUGGCUUGGAAGGGAUCCAUUAUAAUUAUAGCCUGUGUGGUCAAAAGAGCAUGCCGGCUGGGAGGGAUCAGGAAUCCACAGGGUCAGAUUAGAAGGGGAUCCCUGGGAGCCAGUUGCUUGGGGCUUUGAAGCAAAGAAUCUGGAGGGAAGAUGUGUGUGUUGUGCGUCCAGGAAUACAUUUGGGUUGCACGUGUGAAUUUAAUUAUGAAACCGGGGCAUUUAAUUAAAUGGGAACGUUGCAAUAAUUAGGAAUGUUAAAAGGAAAAAAGAAGAUUUGGCCAGCAAUAAUACAGACUGUCCUGACUUGGUGGUUUUGUAAUAACAUUUGCUGCUUUGUUGUUGUCGGCCCAAGUGCUGCUAACAUUUAUUCUGUAGCAUCUGCAGUGUGUGCUGGAGUCUAGGCUGGACCCAGGAGUGGUACAGUCCCUGCCUUAGAUAGAGCCAAUGUAUUAAAGCAAAUGGACUGGGCGAAUGGGAUGGAGGGGACUUCAUGGAGGGGACCUCCACAGGCUUCAGACUACAACUGCCAUCAGGUUGCGGGUGGCGAGGGGCACCUUGUCAAUAUCUUUAUUAUUCCAGGACUGCCGACUGGCGUUGGGCGCACUUGAGAACCAUGUCGGCCUCUUGUUUAUAUAGACGCUGGCUCCUGGCAUCUUGGGACAAGCUGGCUGAGACCAGGAGGAUGAACAGACGUCUUGUCCCAGAUGCACAUCUGAUCUGCCGCAGAUGGUCUGUUGGGUUUAGGGAACUCAAAAAGGCCUCUGUGGUGGACAUCUCACUCUGGGUGGGAAAAUUGCAGGGAGGGGGUCUUUUGUACAAAAGAGUGAUUGUGCGGGAAGGCCGAGCAACUUUGCCUGCAGUUGAAAUGGAAAGUUUAAGUCUCUGCGGGCAAGAAGGCUUGAUGGAAAGCAACAAACUUGUAAGCCCAUGCAGGGAGAAUUCAAUGCUGAGGUCAAAAUUUCCUGGGCUUGUCCCAAGAACGUGGUUUAAAUUCUAAGGCUUUGACCCUGUGAGGAAGGCUCUGAGCAUGUGCAAGAAAACUACAUCCCUUUAGCUCUGAACAAUACAUCAACUUCAGCCUACCUCACAAGGUUGUUGUGAUUCUUAAUCUCAGGGUUGUGGGUUUGAGCCCCAUGUUGGGUAAAAAAAAUCCUGUAUUUGGUGAGGGCCCUCAUACUGCCCAUCAGUCUCUCUCCCUGCAGAUUAAUAAUAAUAAAUACAGUAUAAUCCAGGCAUAGGCAAACUCGGCCUCCUGAUGUUUUGGGACUACAACUCCCAUCAUCCCUAGCUAGCUGGACCAGUGGUCAGAGAUGAUGGGAGUUGUAGUCCCAAAACAUCUGGAGGGCCGAGUUUGUCUAUGCCUGGUAUAAUCCCUGGGUUCUUUAGUGGUUGUUGUCAGGGGGAACGGUUUGAACCAGGAUGCUUUGAGUUCUUUCGGAUGAAUGAGGACUAGCGACUUUAGCCUUAUAGGCACUGGCUAUUUCAGAACCUUAGCUGGGUUCCUUUUCUUUAUGUCAAUCAGAACUAGAGGGCUGGAGAAAAGAAAAUGACCAAUCUGCUUUGUGUUGCUUCAUGAGAAGGCCUCUCUGUGUGCUUUAUUACACACACAAAAAGCACAAAAAUAAAUAAUUGGAUUUCAGAGCAUAGGAUGGUUCUGGGGGAAGUCAACCACAUUUUAAUCCCAUUGAAAUUAAAGGGUUUUGAUUAAGUUCCACUAAUUUUAGUGAGACUUAGGCUGCAAUCUUAACCAUGUUUACUCAGAAGUAAAUCCCCGUGGAUUCAGUGGGGCUUGCUCCCAUGUAAGUGGCGUUAGAAUUCCUCUGGAUUCCGCCUAGGUUCUGAAGGCGCAUGACGUGCCUACUUUGCUCAAGCAAAGCAGCUCUGGGUCUGAUCAAUGCCUGGAUAUGGGAGCUUGCCUGGCAGUUCUGCAUAGGCCACUCUAAGCUUUGUGGAGUCAAUGACUCAUAAACAAACAGGCAUUUCUUUCGGAUCUGUCAUCCAGCCCACUCCUCGUAUCUUCUCUGAAGUUUGCUGGGAUGUGACACUAUCUGAGUGCGCAAAUCCUGCUGAUUUGUACCAGGGAGAAUGCUAAAUUUCCUGAGAAAGCACAGUAUCCCUUCUGGUGAAGAAUGCGAUUGCAAGAGGGAAAGGGACAAAGUUCAGAGCACAUGCUUCACCCAAAGAUCCUCAACAUCUCUAGUUAGGACUCCUUCUUAAAACCCUGGAGAGCUGCUGUCAGUAGGUGUCAAUAGUACUGAGGUAGAUGGACCAAUGGCCUGACUCUGCGUAAGCUUCCUGUUGUGGGCAUAGCCUUGGCUGGAUCCUAUUGAUCUGCUGUUGGUUGGUUGCCAUUCUCUUUUAAUAAAAUGCUUUAGGAGCUGCGCACGCCUCCUCUCUUGUGCAGGAGUGCACCUCGAUAUCUAGAUUAAAAGGAAAAAAAACCAGGGCAAACAGUGUCAAGUCUAUCCUCUUGCUGUAAGACUAUCCUUCCCCAUCAAUAUAUGCAGAGAGGGCAUUGGACUGUGGCAAGUAUAGAACCAGUCAGGAUGGGAUUAUAAGGGGAUCAUGUCCCUUAGGCCCAAUCAGGGCCAAUAUAUAAAAAGGACGCAAUAGAUGGUUGCUUAAAUAAUGUAAAUUCAGGCUAUGCUUCCUUUUCAGUAUUAAACACAAGGAAAAGCCAGCUGCUGGCUUGCUUGCUUGUGUUUCUGAGACAGCAGGCCUGGCCGGGGGGUGGCCUUGCAGCUUAUUUUGGGGUCUUGCAGGCUAACUUUAGCAUUCUCCCUGCACAUUUAGCUGCUGGAUACUGGAAGAGGAGAAAAUCAGAGACUUCUGUCUCUCCCCAGAUUUUACUAAAAGAGGGUCAUUCUAGGGGGAACUUUCCUUGGUGUGUUUGUGUGGAGGGAAGGUUCAGAUUGCGUCGAAAGGACUGGUUGCAGUGCUUGGCAUUAUUACAAUUCCAGAAGACACUUGUGGCUACCUGUGGCUACCGAGGCCUCUGAGCACCCAUUGUGCGGAAUCACAACUGGGGGGAGUUGCUAUCAGGCCUUGCUUGCAAACUUCCCAUUGACAUCUGGCUGGCCACUGUGAGAACAAGAUGGUUGGAUAAAUAGUAUGGACAAGGGAGGAAUUCAGUUCAGUUUGCAGUGAACCUACCUAAUUCACACUUCCCAAAACUGUAUACGAAUCAAAACACAGCCAUUCUUUGAAAUUUGCACUGCUCCAAAUUUUGCAAUGGAGCUCUCCAGCCAAGUCAUGGGUGCAAAACUCUAUAUAUUUAGGAGGUGCUUCAAAAUGAAUAUAUGAGUGAAAAUCAUGUACAAAAUAUAAGGGGGGGGGGAAUUGGCCUGCCAAAAAUGUGUCUUUUUGGGCACAAUUGCAUUCGAAAACUAGGAGAAAAUUGCACUAAAUGCUGGUGAAAUUUCGUGAGGAUUAAAAACACCCCCCCCCCCGCAAACGGAUGAAGAAAUGUGCGGAACUAAACUUAAGAAUGGAAAACUGAGAAACUGAAAGAAACUAUAACUGUUAUGUUUGCUCCUUCCUACUAAAUGAGCCUUUGGGCAGAUCUAGCAGGGCUCCUUUAAAGUCUUUUUAUUGGGGUGGCGGGCGGCAGUGGCAUUGCUCAGAAUGAGGAUUCUUGCCUUUUCUGCUUAGAGAGCUGGAAUUGGUAGUGAUCCUCCCCCCUCUGCCUCUUUCUCUCCCCUACUCUGUCCCUCAUGUUUACAUCAAAGCCUCCCCAGAUCUCCCCAUAUUCCUAGAAUGCCCCCUUCCUGACUUCCUGCCUGCCCUUCCCCGCUAUUCCCCCCAUUCUCAACCUGCUUCAUCUCUUUCCGUACUAGAUGCUCUCCUGGCUGAUCUGGAGACGACAACCUCCCAUAUAUCCAAACGCCCCGUCCUGCUUACCGACUCCGGAGGAGCCCACCCCAACGGGCUGAGCCAAGACGGGACCCCAGACCCCAAGCCAACUCCUCCACCGUACAACAACCCUCAGCAGCAGGUAAGCAUUUGGGGAGGUUAAGGAGGGGGCAGAGGAGCUCUGUGGGGCAAUAGACCUUAGCCCAGGGAGUGGCUCCCUCUCAUUAGCAUCAGUGCUUAACCAUAACUUGUUUGAAGCGAGGCAAAAGGUAUUAUGGGAGGAAAGGAAACAAGCUGACUGGCAUUGCCAUUGAGUUAUAUAUGUAGCUGCUGCUUUGGGAAUACAUUUGUACCUCGGAAGUUGAACGGAAUCCGUUCCGGAAGUCCGUUCGACUUCUAAAACUUUCAGAAACCAAGGCGCAGCUUCCGAUUGGAGUCCAUGUUGGACGUUUGGGUUCCAAAGAAUGUUCGCAAACUGGAACACUCACUUCUGGGUUUGCGGCAUUCGGGAGCCAAAACAUUCAGGUCGCAAGGCAUUAGACUUCUGAGGUAUGACUGUAAACACUCUUGUUUGUUUCUUUAAAGGAACAGAACAUCUGUCCAUAAAAAUAAUGAUCAUUUAUUUGAAUGCUGCCUUGCCAUAGUAAAUCCUGCUCAAGGCAGCUCAUGACACAAAGAAAAAUGAUAUGAUUCACUAAAGCUCCAAAAUAUAACAAAAUUUUAAUGCUCAAAAAAAAGUUGAUGAGAACAUUUCACUGAGAAAUAUACAAUAAAAGUAAGCAUUAAUUAAUUAAUCUUAUCUAAAUGAGCCCAGGGUGGCAAAUGACCAAUGAUAAAAAAAUUAAAGUUUCUUAAAACAACUCGGGUGCAGAUGCAGUCUGGGGAAAAUCUUAACUCAAAAGGCUUUGCUGAAAGAGGAAGGUCUUCAGUAGGCACCAAAGAGAUAUCAGAGAUUGUGCUUGUCUGUUAUUCAUGGGGAGGGAAUUCUAAAGGAAAGGUACUACAAAAAGGAUUACUGAAUUCUUACAUCCUGAGGAACUGAACUCCUGAUUAGGUGGUAUCUGCAAGAGCGCAGUGGCUGAUUGGGUGAGAUGUUGAUAGCGGGGGUGUCUGAUUGCUGGCUGUGGUGGUGGCCUAGUGGUCACAACUACCCUACUGAAAAGCUUCUUUGGGGAGGAGCUGAGUUAGUGAUGCUGUUAAUUCCCAGCCAAUCAGCACUGUGCACAGCCUCAAACACACAGCUCCAGUUUUCUCCCCCUGAGCUCCAUCAUUGUUUGUACUUCAUGGUAAACUAUAAUUAAUGGCUUUCCAUGAUCACACCUUUCUGGUCUGUUUGUCUUCUGGGCUCUUCCUGGGAGGAAACAAGCCAUGAUCUCUGGCUUAGCAUUACCAGGGGUCAAUGUUUAUUUCUCUCCCAGCAAACCAGUCACACUUAAUUCUUAGCUUACCGAUAUCUGUUUCAGAUGUACUGCUAAGCCAUGAAUCGUGGUUUGCUUCUUCUGUGUACCAUCAUGGUAAACCAUUAACUAUGGUUUAUUUACUGUGACAUGAGAACUAUGGUUUAUUUACUGUGACGUGAGGGAACUCAAACAUGGCUUUGCCACAGGAACGGGGAACCCUUUUCAGACUGAGGGCCACAUUUCCUCCUGGGUCACAUUCCAGGAGCUGCAUGACAGGGACAAAAAUGGACAGAGAAACAAAUGCAAAUUUUUACCUGUGUACAGUAGGCAAGUUUUACCAACGCUCCUGCACUUAUCUGUUGAAAAAAGCAAGAGGCAAGAUCAAAGUUCAAGGACACAUUCCAGCCAGGCAAAACCACCCACGGAGGGUACACAUUAGGGCUGGUCAUGGGUGGGACCUGGGGAGAGGGGUGUGGCCAAAGAGGAGCCUGGAUAGAGUCCCAAGGACCACACAGAGAGGCCAGGAAGGCCGCAUUUCGUCCAUAGGCCUGAUACUCCUCGCUCCUGGUUUACCAGAAUGUGUGACCUGGACUAGUAUGUCUAAACAAAAUGUGCACUUCUGCAGUGAGCUCACCAACCAAAUGAUGCACAGCUGUAUGUAUGACUUGAGGCAGGCAGUGGCGUAGCGUGGGUUGUCAGCACCUGGGGCAAGGCAAGUAAUUUGCGCCCCCUAACCCGUGGAUUUUAGCAGGGGGCAGAGAGCUGCGAGUGCGAGCGCACCCCCCCAGAUGUUGUGCCCGGUGCGGCCGGCCCCCCCUGCACCCCCCACGCUACGCCACUGGAGGCAGGCUUAACUCCCCAAAUACUUCCUUUGUCCCACUGAUCAAGAUUUUGCAAGUUUCAGGAACAGGAUAAGAACCCAGAUGAGCAGCGCUCCCUUUUCCUUGCUGCUUCCAACACUCUAGAAAGAAAGAAAACUGUCCAUCUCUAGAUGUUUUGUCUUUGCAUGUGGAUUAUUCAGAGGCUUCAUGUUCUUCUAGUUAGUCUGUGUCUGUCCAGCACAUCAAGAGGCAAACUCUUUCCUCUGCUUUUACAACCUCCAUCUCCACCUUUUAAUCUCAGGCGGGGACCACAGCCAUGCCGGUAGACCCAUUCCCAGCAUCAACCAUGCAGGGCGGAAGUGACAAGGAACACCUGUACAGGUAAACAGUGGGUUGUUUUGUGGGGCCUCUGUGCAUGCACACGAGAGAGGGCUUAUGUCCCUAGCGUUACCUUGGCUGUGUUUAGGGGAACCAUUUCUCCCAUUUCCUCAGCCGUUUCCCCAAAUAAGGUGAAGGCAUGACUUUUAAAUGCAAGGAAGGGAAACAGUCUGGUGAGGUGGUUAUGAGAGGGGCAGGAGAACAAAGAGGUGUGGGACCAGGGAAAUAAACUGUGAAAGGAAGGUGACUUUUUUUAUUUAAGAAAAGAUGGUGGAGGAAAUCCUACGAACCACAGUGUCUGUGGCAGGGAAGUUUUGUAAUGUUUGAUGCCUUAUUGUGUUUUAAUUUGUUGGAAGCUGCCCGGAGUGGCAGUCAGAUGGGCGGAACAGCAGCAGCAGCAGCAACAACAACAACAACAACAACAAUAACAACAGCAACAGUGGUGCAUUUUCCAGAUGUUGUCGGACUACAACUCCCAUCACCCCUGGCCAUUGGCCUUGCUGGCUGAGGCUGAUGGGAGCUGUAGUCCAAGGACCUGGCACCUUCAUUACACAUCUCUUUAGGCGCCAGGCGAAACCAUUUAUAACCAGGCCCAGUGCAACCAAACUGGUUACGCUCCCCUAAAUGUGCCUCUGAUCAGGGACUGGGACUCUCUCUCCCAUUAACAAUUGUACCAGGGAGAAUUUAGGUGCAGAGAAUCUCCUACCUCUGAAUGUCGUUUUCUGGGAAUCACAAGUGGGGAGAGCUGCGGUUGCAUCUCAGGCGCUGUUUCCCAGAGGCAUCUGGUUGGCCACUGCGAGAACAAGAUCCUGGCCUAGAUCCAGCAGGCCUCUUGCUUAUAAUCUUACAUAGUGUGUGCCGUUCCUCCUAUUGCUACAGCUCUUUGAUGGGAGAAGUGGCGAGCAUCAAAAUCCCCCUUCCAAUAUCAGAAACACCUUUUUCUCUGGCCCUUAACCUGGCCCGAUUUGGAGGACCACAAGCACCAGGGUGUGGGAAGCUGUGAGGAGCAAGAAAUAUGACGAGGAGUUUGGCCUCCUUGGGAGCUGUGCCCAGCUCCCCUGGCCUCGUUCCAGAGCAUCCAUUAAGCAGAGGGAUCCUAUAAAUAGCUGCCACCCCUCUGCCUCCCUUUUACUGCUCCGUCCUUCCCCAUCUUUCUCUGGAGCGGAGGGAUGCUGCAUCUUCCUCCUUGGGGUGUGUGUGUGUGUGUGUGUGUGUGUGUGUGUGUGAGUCCUGAGCUCUCCUUCCCCCGCCCCCCCCUCUAAUGUAUCCCAUCUCUUUCUCUCUCAUGCGGGUGCCUCUUCCAGCACGGUCUGCAAGCCUCGCUCGCCCAAGCCCAAGGAAGGGGCCCCUCCGCCCUUCUCCUCCUCCAGCGGCGUGCUCGGAGCGGGACUUUGUGAACUGGACCGGCUCCUGCAGGAACUCAACGCGACCCAGUUCAACAUCACAGGUAUGGCAAGUGGGGUAUGAAAUGGUGCUUGGGGGGUGGAUUUCCAGAGAGAGAGAAGGAGAGAGAAGCGAAGACUCUAAUGGAACAGUGAAAGGAAUUAUUUAUCUGUUGUGUGUGCAUGCAUUUCUCACUCGCUGCCACAAGAAGAUGCUAGUGUAGGUUUAAAAACACAAACCACAAUGGGGAACGUAAGAAGCUGCCUUAUUCUGAGUCGGAGGCAUGGUGCAUCAACUCAGCACCUCCUACACUGGCUGGCAGCAGCUGUCUAAAAUUUCAGGCAAGUGGUAUUCCUACCUGGAGGUGCUGGAGUUUGAACCUGGGGUUUUUUGAUCGCAAGGCACUGAGCUCCUACAGCCCUUCCCCACUGACAGCUUAAAACAGAGCGUGUAUAAGUUGUGGCAUACCUCUGCUGGGAAUGAGUAACAAGGAGCGACUGCUGCAGUCUGCGGUCUGUGAGUUUCUCAGGCUGGCCAUGAAUUGCUGGACCAGGAGGAUUUCCACUUGUGUUCUUAAAUAUCCCUUGGAGCUGAUUUAUCCUGCCUGCCAGGGUCCCUUUCCAAUCUCCAGUGUUUGAGAGCAGGCAAUGGUUGCCCUUGCUCAGAGGCAUUGCAUUCUUUUCGUUUAGCAAUGAGGUCACACACUCCAGGCUUUGGCACUGGCUCAGGUCCCGAUGCUGAACCUGGAUUUGUUGUGACUCAGAUGAAGCCCUGAGGGUGACGUUCUCUGCUCCCCUUAGGCCUUGCAUCUCGUCUCUCCUAAUGGAGCUCUCUCCCUUCAACCCUGUCAGGACAAUUGGACCAGCCCCCCUGUUUUCGACAAGCAGCCCACAGUUUGCUCUGGGUGUCCUGUGCUCUCAGCAUUCUUUGUUGGGCUACAACUCCCAUCGUUCCCUGACCGCUGGCUAAGCUGGCCUGGGAUGAUGGGAUUUGUAGUCUGACAACAUCUGGGGAACAAAGCUUGAAGGACGCUGUAGCUGAGUGAUGUCUCUUGCAUGCUAACUUUGGGAGCAGUGGGAGUUGGCCUCAUGAGCUGUGGGGCCCCGUGGGGCUCUUGCUAUUUCCGGCAACGGAGCACAACAUUGCAGGUUCCACCUGUGCCAUGUGCUUUGUUCCAUUGUUCCUGCAUGAGGCGGCCAGGUCCCAACCUGAGGCAGACCACAUGGCACACAUUUCUAGCCACUUUCUGCAACUCAGAAUUUGCCGCCUGAGGCUGCUGCCUCACUCUGCCUCUUGGGAGGGCGAGCCCAGGCUGUGAGGUAAAACUGGACCCCUGCUGGAUACAGCAGGAGAUUGACAGAUGGGGCAGGUCUGCAAAGGCUGCAUCUUCUACCUUUUUAAAGACAGUGUAAGCGGAAACUCCUGGUGAUAACUGGCUGGUUUUGUUAUUAUUAUUAAUCCACUCAGUUUAUGAGUUGUUGUUGUUAUUAUUAUUAUUAUUAUUAUUAAUACCCCACCCAUCUGGCUGGGUUUCCCAGCCACUCUGGGCGGCUCCCAACAGAAUUAAAAGCACAAUACAACAUCAAACAUUAAAAACUUUCCUAAACAGGACUGCCUUCAGAUGUCUUCUAAAAGUCAGAUAGUUGUUUAUUUCCUUGACAUCUGAUGGGAAGUUGCUCCACAGAGUGGGUGCCACCACUGAUAAGGCCCUCUGCCUGGUUACUUGUAAUAAGCCCCUAAGCGACUUACAAAGCUUUGAAAACAUAAAGCGUGAUAUCAAAUCCAAAAGGCAAGAGGCAAAAUACACUGCAAUCAAGACAGUACAAAAUCCUUUGAACAGAGGCAGUGAAACAGCAGCAGAAUGCAUUGCCUCACAUUCAGAUGGUGAAAGGCCUUUAGGCUCAUCCAAGACAUGCUAAGCGGUGUGAGGGGGGCACUCUGCAAAUUCUCAGAGGCGCUGCCACCAUGUUAUGGAGUGGUUCCAGUCCUUUGUGGCUCUGAGCCCUGGCCCUGGACCAAAGUGCUGCUUGAGUGCUCUUCUUGCUGUUAGAAGUGCAGCAGUGCUGCCAUCUGCUGGCAAGGAUGUGAAAUGGCAAGUGAUAAAAAGAUGUAUUCUCAUUCUCUCUCUCCUCAUCCCAGAUGAAAUAAUGUCUCAGUUCCCAACCAGCAAAAGCCCAGGCGGAGACAAGGGCAAAGACAGGCCGGAAGAAUCUAUAGACGGCAGCUCCAUUUCCCGGUAAGCAGAUGGUUGAUGGGGUAGUAUGGGCGAUCAAUGGCAAGCAAAGGCAUUGCACCAAAAGAGCUGUGCUUUGGGUCUUGGCAAACAGAUGUUUGUUGCAAAAUCCCAUUUUCAUCCCAGUGAUCUAUGUAGGCACAACCUGUGGCUCUCCAGGUGUUGCUGGACUCCAACUCCCAUCAGCUCCGACUCCCAUGACCAGCUGGUAGGGAGGAUGGGAAUCGGAGUCCAGAAUAUAUCAGGAGGCCCAUAGUUUCCCCAGCCUUGCCAUAGAGCAGAGGUGGGGAACUAGAUCUGGUGGGGGGAGGGGGCAGAUUAUGAAUUCCCACCAUCCCACCUUGUGGGCCAACAUUGACAGGUGGGCGGGGCCAGAAUGGUGUCAGGUGACUGACAGCUGCCAAAGUUCCAAGGGGCUCAGCUGAUCGUUGGUUACACAGAGGCCUUUCAGGUCCUCUUGCAUUUUUCCUCUGCUGAUGGUUACAGCAGGUUCCUUCGAAGGUAGACUUCUGGCCCCAGCAGGGAUUCCUGUCAGCUGAUCAGCACCAAGAGGGAGCCUUGCUUGCAAAGGAACAAUUGGGGGCUCACUUUAAGCUCCCGGUUGGUUACUUUGCAACCACGUCCAUACCUGAUGCCACAUUUGGUGCCAGGUCAUGUGGGUGUGGUUUAAGGGGAGUGGCUUCAUGGGCCUAAUUAGGCCUCUGGACCACUGCUGUGCGGCUAGGAUUGCCAUAUUUCAAAAAGUAAAAACCAGGAUAGUUGCUGAGUUUUCCUAAACAUUUUUAUUCAUUCAAAUCCCAAAAUUGCUGAGCUUUAUUUUUUUAUUUUUUACAAAAACUCAAAUAAAUCCCAUGAUUUUCGGUUUGCUUGUCCCCAGAUGUCACUUCUGCCUUUGAAAUCCUGGAUGUAUGGCAGCCCUAGUACAGUUUGCCUUCUUUCUUCUACCCCACAGACAUUCCUAAGAUCUUAACCAGGUUCAAAUGCAAACACUUUGAGUUGCUUUCACAGCAUCCCAGUGAUGAUGGGUUUGCUACUAUAUUCCCAUAUACAGACUACAGCUUCUGGGAGAGGUGGGACCUGUUGUUGCCAGCUCCCUCACCUGAGAGAGAGUCUGUAUCUUUCAGAGUUUCGUGGAAGGGAGAAUUUUCCUGUCCCAGUACUACUGGGUAAAGGAAGCCAUGCUGGUGGAUUGCCCAUACUAAAGUACAGAAGCCAUCAGUGUGUCUGUAGAUGGCUGCCAAAGUGGGCUUUGAACUCGUGUCACUAAAAUGAAGGAUCUGUAAAAUAUCUCAGAAUCAAACUGCAAUUGAGAGAACUGGAUCUUUGUUCAUGCCCCUUGAUGCUGCGUUCUUACUCUCAGGUCAACAGCUCAUCCGCCUGCAAAGCCAUCGGCUACAUCUGCCACCUUGGAGCUGGACAAGCUGAUGGCCUCCCUGUCAGAUUUCCGGGUCCAGAGCAAUGUGAGUGUGGGGCUCGGGUACCACUGGGACUGAAGAAGGGGUGGAGUGGGGUUACUUCCAGGGCUGUUCGUGAUUUGGUGAUAGGAACCUGCAAACACAGGGAUUGUGUGCAUAAUUACAAACCUGAAAAGCCCAGAUUUUUAUUUUUUUUAAAAAAAGGCAAGUUUCUAGUCAUUAUGGCUGCAAAGUGAGGCAGCUAAACCUAGCAAAGUUGCCGAAGCUAUUUAUGCCAUUUAAAUGAAGUGACAAUUGCCAGUCAAAUAUUCCACUUGCUAUUUGCAAGCAGAAAAAUUGAGGGGAGGGGGAUUUCGCCAAAUAUUCUGCUGGAGGCACUUUGUAGCUAGUGCACAUUAUCCAUAGUGGCUCCUGCCCUGUGGAACAUCCUCCCACUAGAUAAAUAAACAACUAUCUGACUUUUAGAAGACAUCUGAAGGCAGCCCUGUUUAGGGAAGCUUUUAAUAUUUGAUAAAUUAUUGUAUUUUAAUAUUUUGCUGGAAGCCGCCCAGAGUGGCUGGGGAAAGCCAGCCAGAUGGGCGGGAAAGAAAGAAAGAAAGAAAGAAAGAAAGAAAGAUUAUUCUUGGUUGAUGAAGGGAGCAAUGGGCAAAGGGAGGACUGGAAGGAGCAGGGGGCAUUUCCUGCCAUCAACGAAAAUGAAGUAGAUGCAGCAAUAAUAAAGCUAGACACACAGGUGUGCCAAAAUUCAUGGUUGCUGAAAUGGAGGAGGCCAUUUCACCCAAAUAUGCUUGAUGGGAGGAUGGAAAUUCUCCAUUGGUUCGGGGCGGGAAGAGAGGAAACAUUCAAAGUUGUCUGGAAAUGUCUUUUUUUUGAGAGAGAGAUAUCUCAGCUCUACCCAUAUCCAUCUCUGACCUUCUAGCUCCCAGGAGCCUCCACCUCCACCACUGUGUCGCCCCCUCCAGCUCCUGCCCGAGUCUCCUCAGCGCAGCUGCCAGUGGUCUCAUCCGUCUGCCCCAGCCCCGCUGCUGCGCCCCCACAGACCUCCCCAGCGCAGCCGAGUGGGAACCUGGACAGUAUGCUUGUGAUGCUGGAGUCAGAUCUCAGCCGCCAAGGGAUCUCCACCACUGCCAAGGGGCUGUGCGCAUCCUGCCAGAAACCCAUCGCAGGGCAGGUGAGUGCCGGCUGCUGGUGGAGAACGGGCUUCUCCUUGGAGGGGUCAUCAGGUGGGGCAGAUAGAUGAUUGCCAAAGGCCGAAGCAGGGGGAAGACCAGGCUGGAGAAAGAUGGAUUUGGGAUUAGGGAGGGACUCCUCAACCAAGUCGUUUUUGUGCAUGCUGUCGGCCAUUUUCAAGGGCCACGGAAUCUUGCCACAAUUGUCGCUCCCAACUUCUUUGGAAGUUCUUGGCCACCGCUGGACGUAGCAUGAGAAACAGAGGUGCGCCACCCUGUGUGGUACGCAUGACGUGCUCCCUCUCAAAACUCGUGAGCCCCAGAAUCAUCUGUCGCUACCUGAACUCAGAUGGAUCUUUGCUUUCCCUGCCUCCUCUCCCCGCUCCCAUUUGCCCAGGUGGUCACAGCACUGGGAAGUACCUGGCACCCUGAGCAUUUUGUGUGCAGCCACUGCCAGAAGGAGAUGGGGGGCAGCAACUUCUUUGAGAAGGAUGGCGCCCCCUACUGCGAGAGGGACUACUUCCAGCUGUUUUCGCCCCGCUGUGGACUCUGCAAUGAACCCAUCCUGGACGUGAGUUGCCCUAACCCUCAGCUGGUCCCUACUUCCUUACAGAUGGUUGUAGAAUACUGUACAGCCCCGAGAGACUCUCAGUGCCUCACAAAAGAUUUGCACAAAAAAAGCAUAUUAAAAGAAAAUUAUACAGGGAAAUAACAUCACAGUUAGAGGCAACCGAGCUUUGUGAGGCAGGAAUCUUUUGUUUGAUGUGGGGCUUGAACUCACAACCCUGAGAUUAAGAGUCUCGUGCUCUACCGACUGAGCUAUUAUUUCAGGGCUGGUGCACAUGGUACCUUCCGGGGGUUGUUGGACUCCAGCUCCCAUCAGCCCCAGAAGGUGUAGCCAAUGGUUAAGGAUGAUGGGAGUUGUAGUCCAACUACAUUUUGAUGCAUUACAUUGGCUACCCCUCAUUAAUUUCCUUCAGUUUCAUGCUGCAAGACAGACCACCCUGAGGCAUCAUUUCUGUUUUAUUCUUUUGUGGAGAGGGCUGCUGUUGCCUUCUUUGGUGAUUCAGACCAUUUCUCCUAGAUCUCUGGUCAUUACGUGCUGCAAAAAAAGUAAUUGUGCCAAAUGUUCUUAAAGUACACCACUCCCCGCCCCCCGGUCCUUUUGCACUUUUACAGUUGGAGUAUAUCAAGAGCAAUCCUUUGAACCCUAGACCAAAACUCCCUUCCUCUCCCUUCCUGAUGAAACCUAAAACGGCACUCCAGGCAUGUCUGAAUCCAGUGUAAUCCAGAAAAUGUUACUGAAUAUGACAACAGUAUACAGGGCUUGCCUGCUUUUCUUGGCACGUUUGGAUUUUUGAGCAAGUGCUGUGGGCGCCGGUCAAAAAAUGGCUGCCAUGACGGCAGCAUGGCACAACACAAAAUGGCUGCCACGUGUGAAAGAGUGGAAGAAGAGAUAGGACCACACAGUGGUAUGGACAUGUGGGCAUGUUCCAGUCCAUACAGGAACUGAACAGGAGGUGCAAAUGAUCUCUUGCACAUUGUCAUUUUUUGGGAGGGGAUAUUUAUGGAGACCGUUUGUGGGUGCCAGAGUGGCAAGGAGACACCAAAGGGGCCAAGCCUGGGAAACACAGGCCUGUUGUGUCUAGUUUGCUGCUUUGCUGCCAAGUUGCUGUUUCCUCAUUGACGCGACCUCCUUUUCCCCCCUGCCCCGCAUCCACCUGACUCGUGUAGAAAAUGGUGACCGCAUUGGAUAAGAACUGGCACCCAGAGCACUUCUGCUGCGUCAAGUGUGGGCGGCCCUUUGGGGAGGAAGGUGAGUGUUGGCGGGGCCUUAGUGAGUGGCCCCUCAAAUGACGGGCGGGGAAGAAAAACAACAAAACACACUCACACACACAGAGGCAUGAUUAGUCUUCCUUGUAAAUAGGGGAUAAAGAAUUAUAGGCCCGUUUGUAUUUUACGUGUAAGCUUACUGUAGUUUAUGAGACAACAUGGCCCCAUUUUUCUUGUGGGAAGCCUUCCCGGGGCCGGAUGCCAAUUGCCUACCCUCCGACAAUUCUCCACUGAAAAUAGAGGACUUCCUAAGGUAAAAGCAGGACAUUCAGGGGUUCGGAUCAGAAACCGGGAGGGCUUCUGUGAUUCCAGGACUGUCCCAUGAAAAUAGGGAUGCUUGGAGGGUCUGCAAUAGUGAACAUGGCAAAAGCGUGGACAGCCCACCCCAAUCCUCCAUCCGCGGAAACACGCGGCAAUAGCUUAGUUCCAGGAUCCCUUGUUGUUCCCCGCAGGCUUCCACGAGAAGGACGGGAAGCAGUACUGCCGCCAGGACUUCUACGAGCUCUUCUCCACCCGUUGCCAGGGGUGCAGCCAGGCCAUCUUGGAGAACUACAUCUCGGCCCUGAAUGCCUUGUGGCACCCAGAAUGCUUUGUUUGCAGGGUAUGCAUGUCCGGACAGGGGCCCUAUGGCUGCCAGGGCUUCAUGGGGGUGCGGGGAAGCCAAUGAGGGAGGCAGCCAAGUGAGAAAGUGAUGGGUUAAUUAGGGCUCCACCCAAAGUCCCUCAGGGAACUUUUCCUGCAAAAAUUGGUGGGUGGGUGUUGGGGAUCAGCGAAUGAAAAUCUGGACAUGGGCUGCGUUUACUCAAUACGUUUAAAGCACUGUGAUACACUUUAAACAGCUGUGGCUUCCCCCACAGAAUUCUGGGAGCUGUAGUUUGUUGUUAGGAGGCCCCUAUUCCCCUCACAGAGCUACGAUUUCCAGAGAUGUUUAAGAAUCUAUCCCUCUUCACUCUGGGGAUUGUAACUCAGCUAGUGGUAGUGGGGAAUAGGGGGCUGAUGCUAAGGAAGCCUUGCUGAUGUGAACAGCAGUUGGUUGGUGGAGGGAGGCAGCUGAGAUAUCUGGAUUAUUUUUUGGGGGGGGGGGAUAACUUCCAUUUCCCAAUGCUAAAUGUACUCAAGAAUAAGGUAAAGGUAAAGGUACCCCUGCCCGUACGGGCCAGUCGUGACCGACUCUGGGGUUACGUGCUCAUCUCGCUUAAGAGGCCGGGAGCCAGCGCUGUCCGAAGACACUUCCAGGUCACGUGGCCAGCGUGACGAAGCUGCUCUGGCGAGCCUGCACCAGCGCAGCACACGGAAACGCCGUUUACCUUCCCGCUAUAAAGCGGUACCUAUUUAUCUACUUGCACUUAGGGGUGCUUUCGAACUGCUAGGUGGGCAGGAGCUGGGACCGAACAACGGGAGCUCACCCCGCCGCGGGGAUUCGAACCGCCGACCAUACGAUCGGCAAGUCCUAGGCGCUGAGGUUUUACCCACAGCGCCACCCGCGUCCCUGUACUCAAGAGUAGCCCAGUUAAAAUCAAUGGACCUAAAUUAGUAUUGGCCAUUAGUUUCAAUGGGUCUACAUUGAGUAGAAUUAACAUUGGAUCCAAACCACAGUGUCCAGGACUUGGUGUGAGAUGCGAGUGGCACUGACCGUAGUGCUAUCACCUCAAUUGAAAAUUUCUGAGAAAAUCCAGCAUUAUCCCAUUGGAUUUCAAAGGAGAAAUUGAUUUUUAAAACAAUUAAGAGCAGUUAAGAGGGAUAAAUUUAUCCAGGCCCACCCCCACCCCCAAUUUGGAGGUUAUUUAAAGCCACAAUAACAGAAGCUCAUCUAGAAAGUAGGAAAGGAAGCGAUCAAGUCCAAUAAGAUAUUGGCACGUGGUUUACAAGCAACAAAGCUUCUCCUCAACAGUGGAAGGUCUUGCCCAAGUGAGGAAACAAAAAGGAGCACAAAUUCUGGCAAAGCAAACAUAAGUUAACAAAAAGGGAAACUGAGGACCAUGCUGAAAGUGUGAGCACCAAAAAUAAUAAAAAAAAAUACACAAGAUGUAGAAAACGAUGUAGCUGGACCACUAAAUAAGAGUUGUUCCCUACACAGGGGUGUGUGGCACCUUCAAUGUGCAUUUUUUGGCAAAUGCUGAAGAUGCACCUGUUUACCCUGGCCGUUGACUCCCAAGAUGUGUAUUUUUAGGCCCUGGCGUAUUUUUGUAAGUUGUUUUAAACUAUUUUUUUCACGUUGCAUUUCAAAUUGCUGAAACGCCUCUGCCUUUGUCCCUGCUGCAGGAGUGCUACACGCCAUUUGUGAACGGGAGCUUCUUUGAGCACGCCGGCCGCCCGUUCUGUGAGAUCCACUACCACAAGCAGCGCGGCUCGCUCUGUUCGGGCUGCGAGAAGCCCAUCACCGGCCGCUGCAUCACGGCCAUGGCGCGCAAGUUCCACCCCGAGCAUUUUGUCUGCGCCUUCUGCCUCAAGCAGCUCAACAAGGGCACCUUCAAGGAGCAGAACGACAAGCCCUACUGCCACCCUUGCUUCAUCAAGCUCUUUGGGUGACCAGGAGGGCGCCACAGCCGCGCCAUGCCCGCUACCAGCAUGGGAAGGGGGAAGGCCCACCAAUCCCAGCCUUUGACCGAGCCACGCCCACUGCCACGCAUGGGAGAGGCCUGUGCCUUAUGGGUUCCACCCCGGCGGAGCCACCACACGAUUGCCAAAGCCACGCCUCUAGCCAAAGGCGAGAAGCUGGACUUGUCCGCUUCUCCCACUCUACUCAGGAGCCAAUCCCAUCGCAGCCACGAGCAGCCAAUCCUUAGCCCUUACCCCCCCGUCACAUGCUACUUUAAGCCACACCCACACAGCGCCAGCGCUUCAGACAGGAGGCAGUGCCUUAAGCCGCAACUCACACAAGACUAGCUGGCGAUGUCAUCCAGGUAGAAGGCGGGGCCAUAAAGAAGCCACACCCCCUCUGCUCCCUGUGAAGUCUGUUCCCGCAAUGCCGUCCGGUAGUGUGUCAGAAAGGAAGCACCUGAAACCCAUCUCCCUACUCUCAAGCCAUAAAAGCCAUUCAGGUGGGAGGUGGGGAGAAAAACCCUUUACUUCCAGGUCCUUUGGUAUCUUUUACCGCUUUUGCUUUCGGGUGCAAGGUGAGGGGCUGUUUCACUUCGGGGCUGCCCUAAAGCACUUACGAUUGUGAUCAAGUAUGAUCUAAAAUGGUUCAACUACAAGAGGGGAGAGGCAGCAGUAACUCUAUGGCCCAUCCUUCAGUGGCAGAGAUUUUGGGGCGAGUUUAUGUAAAAUCAGGUUUGACACCACCCCAAGGGUUAUAGCUGUCAGUGGGAUUUGGGAAGAUGCCUCUCUCCCUUAGGGACCCAGAGUCCUAAGGAGGUUAGUGGUAUGGCAAGAGUAAAGCCUCCCUCAUGUAGCAGCUUUGGGUAGAUGACCGGCUGGUGUUGAGGAAAGGAAGUGGCAUCCCACCCCCCUCCCUUUGCAUGUUGCAGUUUUUAAAAAGCCCUGGAUUGCAAAACACUUUUGAUUUGGGUUUUAAAGAAUCAAGGAGGAAGGGAAUGGGUGGGUGGGGGAAUGUGCCUGAGCUUGCAGUUUUACUUUACCAGGGUCAUUUAAAAAAAAAAAAAAUCUUACGGUGUAAACCCAAAUUGAGGCUUUUAUUAUAACAGAACUUGGGUCGGGAGUCCAAGGAGCAUGUGGUUUUUCUUCUGCCGCCAACUUUUUACCCUCACACUGCUGUAUAUUAUAUAAUAAAAUUCACAUAUAUUAAAAAAAGAAAAAGAAUCUAGACAGUUGUCA